GCUCGGGUGGGAUUGGAGAAGUAGCAACAGCUUGAGCUCUGGGACUACAGUGGACAGAAAGUAAGAGCGUGGUGUGCUCUCAAUGAAGUGAGAAAGCCAGAGAGAUAUGAAAGGAAACAAGACAUAUCAAUCUACGUAAAGGAGGGCGGACAAAAGACUGGCAUUGUAAUUCUACAGGAGCCGAGCGGACGGGGGGAAAGGAGAGAAAGAAAGGAGAGAGGCGCAUGAGAGAUUUUUAUAGGGCACAGACAGAGAUAUGAUAGUCCGCUUACAGAAGAGGCGUGCCCGGAAACGCUCUGAGAAAGAGAGAGAGAGGGAGAGAGAGAGCGAGAAAGAGAGGGUGGAAGAGGAGGGGGAGUGAGUGAGACAGAAAGAUUAAUGACAGCCAGAAAGAGCGAGCGUGAGCAGUGAGGUACAAUUGGGGAGAAAUAGCAAGGGAAGGAGGAGGGUGCAUGAGAGGUAGAAAGAAGAAAAGGAGAGGGGGUAAGGUGCCGAAACAAACUAACGUGUGAGUGCUGAGUGAGGGACAAUAGAGGAGAGAGAGAGAGAGAGAAGAAGAGGGGGCCAGCCAGAGGAAGUAGCAGGGGGAGAGAGGCAUGAGGGGACUGUUCUUCUGUAUACUUACUCUGCUCAUCCUGGGGACUGUCCUGACUGCAUUCGUCUGGAACUUCUUCAGCGACCGCACAAAUGUCCAUCCUGGCAGCCCCCCCCACAAAGCUCCUAUUAGGAACUCUGUGCCAGACCCCUCCGGAACAUGCAAGGGCUGCAGGGAUACAGUCACUGAAAAAGUGGUGGAGCGCUACUCUCACCGCUGGAGGAAGCAGGAGGACAAUUUCACAAAGUUCAGGUCUCUUCUGCGUGACAAAUGUCAUGGACUCACCAAGGCUAUGGUGACACAGGCCAACACUCCUCUGGGGUCAAAGGUUGUGUACGAUGGAGAGAAGAGGAAGCCUCUUCAGGUGACCCCUGAACUGUUCAGCACCUUCGCUAAGGAGAAUCAUUUUGUGAAUACGACAUGGGAUACGUGUUCUGUUGUUGGGAAUGGGGGAAUCCUAGCUAACAGCAGCUGUGGAGAGAAAAUCGACUCCGCCCAGUUUGUUAUCAGGUGUAACCUCCCUCCUCUGGAAAAUGGCUAUAAGAGAGACGUGGGCAACAAGACAGACCUGGUGACAGCUAAUCCCAGCAUCCUCAUGGAGAAAUAUGGGGGCCUGCAGGGGCGUCGUCGGCCCUUCGUGGAGAGCCUGCGUAGCUAUGGCGACUCCCUGAUGCUCCUGCCAGCCUUCUCGUACGGCCACAACACGCCCGUGUCUCUGCGGGCCCUCUACACCAUCCAGGACUUUGGCAGCCCCUCGCGGCCCGUCUUCCUCAACCCAGAGUACCUCCAGAGUCUGGCUGUCUUCUGGCGGGGCCAGGGCCUGCAGACGGUACGCCUCAGCACAGGACUCAUCGUGGCUAGCCUGGCGCUGGAGCUGUGUGCCAACGUGCAUCUCUACGGGUUCUGGCCCUUUAAUCAACACCCCAACAGAAACCAGCCCCUCACCAACCACUACUACGACAACAGGCAGAGUAAGAAGACGGUGCACUCCAUGCCCGCUGAGUUUGACCACCUGCUGAGGCUCCACAGCCAGGGCGUGCUCAGGAUACACCUGGGAGAGUGUGCGUCCGCCGGCAGUCCUGGAUGUAGCACAGAGAUGGCCUGGGCCCCAGCCUCAGCCUCAGGCCUCAGUCUCCAGGCUGGCUCUCUGGGUAGUGCCAUGGCCACACUGGCACAACGCAAGACAACCUCCCAGACCCAGAAGCCUUGGGCUGGGCCCGACACCAAUGUCUCUGGACCCUCGGGACUGGGGCAGGGUGCUUCUGAAGACCCCACACAGGGUUCAAACUCAGAGCAGAGGACAAAACAGAGGAGGGGGAACAGAAGGUGACCAGGGAAGUGAUGACACCCAUAAACAUUUCUGGGGAGUCUCCUUUCAAAAAUGGUUUCCAUGGUUACCAGCUCACACAGGUCAAAGUGUUAUAAUUAAGCAAUAAGGCCAGAGGAGGUGUGGUAUAUGACCAAUAUACCACGGCCAAGGGCUGUUCUAAU